AUGAGUCUCAACUGGGAACGCCAAGCCCAGAAGGGCAAAGACAUCUUGACUAACUCGAUUCCAAAGCAAUGGCUCGUUGCCGCUGAAAAAUUGCCGCCAGCCUCGCAAAAGAGUGUCGUGGAUUUCCCUCGGCAAAGCGGGCUGCUGAGUACACGCGAACUCAUCAUCACAGAUAUGUCUGCUACAUCGUUGGUAGUGGAAAUGGGCAAGGGGGCAUUGACGGCGGAAGAAGUUGUUACUGCCUUUUUGAAGCGUGCUGUGAUAGGCCAUCAAUUGCUCAAUUUUGCUACCGAGUUUCUCGCCGACGAGGCAAUUACUCGUGCCAGAGAACUAGAUGAAUAUUACCGACGCACGGGGAAACUGGUUGGACCCUUGCAUGGAGUUCCGAUCAGUGUCAAGGAGCAUAUCUCCAUGAAGAACCGAACGUGUAACACGGGAUAUGUAGCUUGGGUUGACAAGGUCUAUACGGAAGAUUCACUUCUUCUCCAGCUGCUAACUAAGGCCGGCGCGGUGUUCCAUGUCAGAACCAACCAGCCCCAAUCGUUGAUGCAUCUGUGCUGCAGUAACAACAUCACCGGCACAACUGUGAACCCAUAUAAUCGUACCUUGACCCCAGGCGGGUCUUCCGGUGGCGAGGGCGCUUCGAUGGGAUUCCGCUGUGCACCACUGGGAAUAGGCACCGAUAUUGGCGGAUCGAUUCGUUGUCCAGCAGCGUUCUGUGGCGCUUAUGGAUUCCGCCCUUCUUCAAUGCGAAACCCGUGCACCGGACUUAAGGUAGCUUCAUCGGGACAGGAGACCAUCCACGGUGUCGUGGGACCCAUGUCCAGCUGCUCGAUCGAAGACCUGGAGCUCUUCCAGAGAGCAGUAUUGGAGCAGGAGCCCUGGGAUGUCGAGACGUCAUUGAUGCCUGUGCCUUGGAGGAACGUGGCUCCCACGCGGGAAAUGACCGUGGCUAUCAUGUGGGAUGAUGGGUGUGUUCGUCCUCACCCUCCUAUCACCCGGGCCUUGCGACAUGCCAGGGAUAAGCUCGUUGCGGCGGGCAUCAAGGUUGUUGACUGGGAGCCAUAUAAGCACCAGCAUGGAUGGGAAGUUAUCUCUGCACUCUAUUACCCCGACGCGGCCGCAAAGCAGCGCGAACUCCUCGCCGAGUCUGGUGAGCCGGCACGACCACUCACAGAGUGGGCCCUGUCAUACAGCCGAAGCAACGCGCUCUCUCACGCGGAGACGUGGAGCCUCCAAGAGCAGCGCGAGAUCUAUAAAGAUGAAUAUCACGCGCUGCUGAAGCGCCGCGCUGUUGACUUCAUUCUCUCACCAACUUAUUCUGGAGUGGCAGCUGUGAUGGGCGAGUCGCAGUAUUGGAAUUACACCGCGAUUUGGAAUAUUGCUGACCUUCCUUCUGCGGUGUUCCCAUCUGGACUCACGGUGGAUUCGAAGCUGGAUGCCUUGACAGAGCAUGAUAAGAAGUAUAUUCCCCGGGAUGCGGUCGAUGAGCGUGAGUGGCGUAAAUACCAGGGUCCCGAGCGAUACGAAGGUGCACCGAUUGGGUUGCAGAUUGCCGGGCGACGAUUCAAGGAUGAGGAGACUCUGGCGGCUGCUAAGCUGGUUGAAGAGAUUGUCAGUGGAAGAGUGGAAGCGAAGCUUUGA